AUGGACCUCAAUUACAAUCAGCAGAAGAGAGAGUUCCCAGGAGGAGUAUCAGGAAAUGAUCAGAAGCGAGUGAAGUACGAACAGCCAGGCAUUGUGUUGCCGCCACAGAAUAAAGUAGCACCAGUAACAUCACCAUCACCAUCAUCAUCAACAACAACAACAACAACAACAACAACAACAACAACAAUAACAGCAAAUAAACCAACAACAGGGAAAGCCACAAAGACAAUAAAUCCAACAACACCAUCAGCGACCCCUGGUACGCCAGCGCCAGCAUCAAAUACAAAUAAUAAAAAGGAGCAAGGAGGGCUUUCUCCAACAGAUCCUGAUAAGGUGGUGGAUGCGCUCUACGGAACUGGGGUUGAUCUUAAAGAAGAAGAAAACCUUCUACAUCGAGAAUCUGAAAAACAUAAGAAUAAGCUUGGACUAGGCAGCAGUAAUGGUUCAGCACCAAUAAAGCGCGCUGAUGCCCCUUUGGCGCCGCUUAUUGUACGUUCCCAGGUAUUGGGGUACGCAAAACAGCAAAUCACCAACCAGGGUCUAAAGAUUCCCAAUGGCCAAGAAAAGCAGUUUGCUGAUUUCUUGAGUGUUGCUUGUGAGGAAAUGUUGGCACCAAUUCUAAGGGAUGUGGUGAUGUAUUCGAAACAUCGCCGAAGAAAUAUUAAGAGUAGCAGCGGUUCGCGAAGUGAUGUAGCAAAGGCAUUGAGAGAUUUUGCCACUAAGCAAAAGGAACUUGAAGAAAAGAGAACCACUAAGAAAAUUCAACUUGGGAUCGAAGUGGAUGAUGGGAAGGGAAAACCAAAUACCGAAGAGCUUUCGCAUCGUGCUGCCAACGCCACGGCGGCAAUGAUGACUACAGGCAGAACCAAGACAUAUAGUUGGAUGACUGGAGGAGGAUCGCGUGGAGGCUCUGGUCUUGGAUCUUCGAAGUCCAAUUCAGAAAGUAAUGAGGGAAAGGGGGUAAGGUUUAGAGAAGCCAGACAAGAGGAGAUUUUCAGUGUCAGAGAUCUUGUGAAAGCUCUUGAAAACCGCCGUAGAGGAGUCGAUAAGACGCUUCUUAAAAGUUAUGCAAAACUCAAGGAUUUAUAUAGAUAG